UCUCUUCAACAAAACCGCCAUCGUCCUCAUGGCCGGCUCCCGAUGGUCGCUGUCUCUUCGGAGCUGUUGGGUACACCUCCCAGACAGGGCAGCCGGGCAGAGGCGCUCCUCACUUCCCAGACAGGGCCGCCCGGGCAGAGGCGCUCCUCACUUCCCCGACGGGGCCGCCCGGGCAGAGGCGCUCCUCACUUCCCCGACGGGGCCGCCCGGGCAGAGGCGCUCCUCGCUUCCCAGACGGGGCCGCCCGGGCAGAGGCGCUCCUCAGUUCCUCCCAGACUGGGUGGCAGCCGGGCAGAGGCGCUCCUCACCUCCCAGACGGGGCGGCCGGGCAGAGGCGCUCCUCCCUUCCCCGACGGGGCGGCCGAGCAGAGGCGCUCCUCACUUCCCAGAGGGGGCGGCCGAGCAGAGGCGCUCCUCACUUCCCAGAGGGGGCGGCCGGGCAGAGGCGCUCCUCACUUCCCAGACGGGGCGGCCGGGCAGAGACGCUCCUCACUUCCUCCCAGAUGGGGUGGCGGCCAGGCAGAGGCGCUCCUCACCUCCCAGACAGGGCGGCCGGGCAGAGGCGCUCCUCACCUCCUAGACGGGGCGACCAGGCAGAGGCGCUCCUCACUUCCCAGACGGUGUGGCGGCUGGGCAGAGGUGCUCCUCCCUUCCCAGAUGGGGCAGCCAGGCAGAGGCGCUCCUCACUUCCCAGACGGUGUGGCGGCCGGGCAGAGGUGCUCCUCCCUUCCCAGAUGGGGCAGCCAGGCAGAGGCGCUCCUCACUUCCCAGACGGUGUGGCGGCCGGGCAGAGGUGCUCCUCCCUUCCCAGAUGGGGCAGCCAGGCAGAGGCGCUCCUCACUUCCUCCCAGACGGGGUGGCGGCCAGGCAGAGGCGCUCCUCACUUCCCAGAGGGGGCGGCCGGGCAGAGGUGCUCCUCACUUCCUCCCAGACGGGGUGGCAGCCGGGCAGAGGCACUCCUCACCUCCCAGACGGGGCGGCCGGGCAGAGGUGCUCCUCAUCUCCCAGACGGGGCGGCCGGGCAGAGGUGCUCCUCAUCUCCCAGACGGGGCAGCCGGGCAGAGGUGCUCCUCACUUCCUCCCAGACGGGGUGACGGCCGGGCAGAGGCACUCCUCACCUCCCAGACGGGGCGGCCGGGCAGAGGCGCUCCUCACCUCCCAGACGGAGUGGUCAGGCAGAGGCGCUCCUCACUUCCCAUAUGGGGUGGCGGCCGGGCAGAGGCGCUCCUCACUUCCCAGAUGGGGCAGCCGGGCAGAGGUGCUCCUCACUUCCUCCCAGACGGGGUGGCAGCCGGGCAGAGGCGCUCCUCACCUCCCAGACGGGGUGGCCGGGCAGAGGCGCUCCUCCCUUCCCAGACGGAGUGGCCAGGCAGAGGCGCUCCUCACCUCCCAGACGGGGCGGCCGGGCAGAGGCACUCCUCACCUCCCAGAGUGGGCGGCCGGGCAGAGGCGCUCCUCACUUCCCAGAGUGGGCGGCCGGGCAGAGGCGCUCCUCACUUCCCAGAGUGGGCGGCCGGGCAGAGGCGCUCCUCACUUCCCAUAGGGGGUGGCAGCCGGGCAGAGGCGCUCCUCACUUCCCAGAUGGGGCAGCUGGGCAGAGGUGCUCCUCACUUCCUCCCAGACGGGGUGGCGGCCAGGCAGAGGCGCUCCUCACCUCCCAGACGGGGCGGCCGGGCAGAGGCACUCCUCACCUCCCAGACGGGGCGGCUGGGCAGAGGCGCUCCUCACCUCCCAGAAGGGGCGGCUGGGCAGAGGCGCUCCUCACUUCCCAUAUGGGGUGGCAGCCGGGCAGAGGCGCUCCUCACUUCCCAGACGGGGUGGCGGCCAGGCAGAGGCGCUCCUCACUUCCCAGAUAGGGCAACAGGGCAGAGGCGCUCCUCACUUCCUCCCAGACGGGGCGGCCGGGCAGAGGUGCUCCUCAUCUCCCAGACGGGGCAGCCGGGCAGAGGCGCUCCUCACUUCCUCCCAGACGGGGUGGCAGCCGGGCAGAGGCGCUCCUCACCUCCCAGAUAGGGCGGCCGGGCAGAGGGGCUCCUCACAUCCCAGACGAUGGGCGGCCAGGCAGAGACGCUCCUCACUUCCUAGACGGGGUGGCGGUGGGGCAGAGGCUGUAAUCUUAGCACUUUAAGAGGCCAAGGCAGGAGGCUGGUAGGUGGAGGUUGCAGAGAGCCGAGAUCACACCACUGCACUCCAGCCUGAGCACCAUUGAGCAUUGAGUUAGCGAGACUCCGUCUGCAAUCCCAGCACCUCGGGAGGCCGCGGCAGGCAGAUCACUCGAGGCCAGGAGCUGGAGACCAGCCCGGUCAACACGGCGAAACCCCGUCUCCACCAAAAAUACAAAAACCAUUCAGGCGUGGCGGCGCGCGCCUGCAAUCCCAGGCACUCGGCAGGCCAAGGCAGGAGAGUCACAGGAGCCCGAGGCAGGGAGGUUGCAGCAAGCCGAGAUCCCGGCAGUACAGUCCAGCUUCGGCAACAGAGGGAGACCGAAAAAAGAAGGAGAGGGAGACCGAAAAAAGAGGGGAGAGGGAGAGGGAGAGGGAGAGGGAGAGGGAGAGGGAGAGGGAGAGGGAGAGGGAGAGGGAGAGGGAGAGGGAGAGGGAGAG